CUCAUACACAGGCUCACACACACACAAAAAAAACACACAAACUAUACAAGCCGUUUCAUUGUGCGGCUGUGGGAGACAGUUUAUUGAAAGCGUUGCACUCGUUUUUGUUUUGUUUUGUUUUUUUUUUUGGUUUUUUUUUUUUUUUGGUCAUAGCGAGUCAGUAAGUUGCGUUACGUUUUCGUGGAGCAGGUUACAGAUACAAGUCAAGUUUCACAUAAAAGAGGCAGCUAGCUUAGCCUAGCAACGGCGGAAUUCCUCGCAGGGGGGAGAUAAAGGAGAUAGAAGAGGAAAAAGGACGAGUAAAAACGAAAAGACCCGAAAAGGCGAGCGCGUUUCGGUGGACGAAGACAGAGAGGCGCAGGCCUCCGGGACAGUAAGGGAGCCAUGCCCUCUGUGAUGGAGAGGUCUGGGGCUGGGGUGCUGUCCCGAAGCAGGGCUAAAAAUGUUUCCAAUGGCAACAGCCAGCAUUCCGAGGAGGAGAGCAGCGACGAGGAAAAUACUCAUGACAGCAUGAUCCGAGUUGGAGGGGACUAUCAGGCUCAAAUUCCAGAAUAUAAACCCGAUAGUCUAGCUUGCUACAAUGAGAAGGAUCAGAGGAGCAUGCUGGUCUGGUCUCCUAACGUGACCGUGUCUGACGCAAAGUUGGAUGAAUACAUUCUGAUGGCAAAGGAGAAACAUGGAUACAAUAUGGAGCAGGCACUUGGCAUGUUGCUGUGGCACAAGCAUGAUGUGGAGAAGUCCCUGGCUGACCUGGCCAACUUCACCCCCUUCCCGGACGAGUGGACAGUGGAGGACAAGGUGCUGUUUGAGCAGGCCUUCAGCUUCCAUGGCAAGAGCUUCCAUCGCAUCCAGCAGAUGCUGCCUGACAAGCUGAUUUCCAGUCUUGUGAAGUACUACUACUCUUGGAAGAAGACCCGAACACGCACUAGCGUCAUGGACAGGCAGGCUCGUAGGCUGGGGAGCAAGCGGGAAAAGGAUGACAGCAAUGACGAAAUAGAAGAAGGCGAUGCAGCAAGUGACAGCGACUUAGAAGACGACACUAAAAAAGAGAUUCCCAAGCAGAGCACCUGCACUGGAGGUGGAGGCGAAAAGGGGGCUUCUGGCCGCUGCGGUCCAAUCAGGAAAGAGAACCAGAGCGGACAGUACCGGCACCACCCGCUCCGUGCUAGACGCCGUCCCCCAAAGGGAAUGCACUUGAUCCAAGAGGAUAUCACAUCGCUGUCAGUUUCCCCUGAGAUGGGGGCCUUGGUGCUGAGGCAGCUGGACAGCCAGUUAGUGUCUCUGAAAAGACAGGUACAGAACAUUAAACAAGCAAACAGCAGCUUGAAGCAGAGCCUGGAUGGAGGGAUUGACUCAAUGCGUCCAUCAGAGCCUGCUGCCAAGAUCAGCUCCCGCUGGACCACGGAGGAGCAGCUACUGGCUGUGCAGGCCAUCAGGCGGUACGGCAGGGACCUGGCAGCCAUCGCAGAGGUCAUUGGGAACAAGACAGUCUCCCAGGUUAGUUCGUUCUUCAUCAGCUACCGGCGGCGCUUCAACCUAGAGGAGGUGCUGCGUGAAUGGCAAGCGGAGCAGGAGGUGAAGGCUGGACGCUCGGAGGAUAUGAAAGGGCUGGAUGGGGUAGAAGGAGGCAUACUGGGGGCCACUGAGGAUGAAGAGGUGAGGAAAGGAUGGAAGAGAGUAGAUGUUAAAUAUUUGCAGUGCGAUGAAAUAAACCGUGAAAAGAGGAACUGGAAAAGCAUGUAUAAGACAGUGUUGCUGCUAGAGGAGGGGGAGGAGGAGGAGCCAACUAAUGUCUCCGUCUUCUCUCAGGUCCAAAUGACUGGCGUUCCCCCUUCCUCCCCUCCCUCCAUGGGCGGCACUGUCGGAAAUAACGCCAGUUCAAACCAAACCCCACCUCCCCUGUCCCAACCGCCCCCUUUGCUGCGUCCCGGGCCGCCCCCUGCCCCUCCCAGCCUCCUACGGCAGCCCCCUCCUUUGCAAACACGGCCUCUACAAACCCGGACCCCUCACAACCACCCACCUCCGCCCCUGAUCCGCCCAGCCAUCUCCUCAGCUCUCCAGCGAAACUCGAUGGGCUCUGCUUCAAAUUCCUCGUCUUCCACAACACUGGGCCAGCUGCCUCCUUCGCUGGUGGGGCUGAAGGUGGAGCCCCCUCAUUCUCACUGAUUUUUAAUUUUUAUUUUGGGAGGGCAAAGUGGACAUUUGAGAAAAGUAUCACAAGGGAGUACAAAGACGACUGCGGAUACCGGUGGUACGGCAAUUAUAUUGCUCUCGUCAUCCCUCUACCUCUUAAUUACCCUGUAACUUAUUCUCCCUCCCCAUGUUCUUACACAUCUCAGACAGCAGAACCAGUCAAUAACACCCUUAACCACCACUGCCACCCCCUCACACCUUCACUACUACUGCCCCCUGAACCGAACUGUGACAAAGCAGCUAGCUACAGGAUUGGCUGAAUGCUCCAUCUGAGUCUCUGGGCCAAAAGGCAGAACACACCUACACAUCUCCAUUUCCAUGGCAACAUAGGUAUACAGGUUCAGUCAUUACCCCCAGAAACAGCUCUCCAUAGUUUAAAAAUUAAGCAAAAUUUAAAAAGUAUAUACCAGACUUCAAAUUCCGGUGUAUACUUCAGGUCCCAUCUUUAGGUUGGACUGGUCUUUUGUUUCCGUGGCAACAACAGAACAUUUCACUGGCAGAUUUUGGUGGACAGGAGGGCUGUAUGGGUUAUCAGUCAUUCUGGCACAAAGUAUGACAAGAGGGAUGAUCAGUUUUUCAUAGGAAAGGAGUAACCUAGUAUUGCUAGUGUGAUGGGUAAAACUCGGCGACUAGACUCGAACCUGCUAGAUAUAGACAGUAGCUUAGAAUAAAGUGAGCAGUACCCUUACAACUGACUCAAACACUGACAUAUUAGACAUGCAACCAUGCAUGGAAUCUGCUUAUUCAAACACUGAUACAACACCAUCUGAAAGAGAAUUAGCAUCCUUUUUCUUUUUUUGUGAACGUGCGUGAUGUGCUUGUGUGUUACAGAUGAAUUGCUUGCGGUUUUGAAGUUUUUUUUUUUUUUCCUGGAAUAAAUAUGAACUUCAUCUGUGUUGUCACCGUUUGCGGAAGAAGUGACGUUAGCCAAGUUGGCGGACCUUUGCCCAUGUCUCGGCUACACAGAGCAGCACGCUUGUUUGUGCUGUCGUUUGCACGGGUGGAUUGAGAGUCGUCCAAGUACAGCUUUGACAUGUGAAGGUCAAGUAUUUCAUAAACACUACUGAAUUGAAACACUUGCCUUGCUAGACAGUUUGCACCAAGGCUUGAGGGAACCUUUAGCCAAUACUUCGCAGUGACACUAAGCGACUGAACACUAGUUUAUUUUAAUGCCAUUUGAUUUUAUUACUAUCAUUGAAGUUUUCCUCACAAAAAAAUGAACAAAAAUACAUUUUGAGCUGUCCUGACACAAAAAAAAAAAAAUUACAGCAAUGGAAAAUGUGACAAUCAACCCUGAAAAAAAAAGGAUUCCCAGCACCUUUAACAAUCUGGAAAAGAGCAAAAAUUACAUUAAAAACAAAAUAUCAGGUAAAAAUGCACAGGUGUUCCCCUUAACAUUUUACUUGUAUAAUAAUGACCACCCUGCCAGCCUCCUCCUUCCUCCACACUUAUUAAAUUUGUAGUGGUCUUUGUGUUCCUAACCGUGGCACCACUAAAGCACACUUGCAGUGGUCGACAACGGGAGAGGUGCCACGGUCCCAUUGCACAGGUGUGGGUGUGUGUGUGGGCACAGCCAACGGUUCACCAAGCUCACAUGCACACAGGCAGUUGUCACUUCCACUACGGCUCAUGAGCUCAACCUGUACAGGAGCUGCUUGUUGGAGUCUUAAGGACAAUGGGUGACACACCCAGCUACGUGAUGGAUUCAGUCAGACCAAACACCACCACGACAUCCCCUCAGCACGGUCGAGGGAGCCUGUGCCUGCCAACUCACAGGUUAUAGUCCAGCAAUACAAAGCUUGCGAACAGCACGCGCGAGAGAACGUGCAGGGCUCCAUGAAGUACGCUUAGAACUUCCGACACCACCUUGACUCUCAAACCAACGUAGAUCAAGUUCUCAAAUUUGCACCGAUCGUUACUCAUGGCACAUCGUGAAAGCACACAGCUGCAGCAGUAAACCCUGCAUGAAGACGAGGUGGAACGGAGUAACAGGAGUGUGUCCUUUGAAAAGAGCCAGGAGACCUAACCCCUCCCCACACAGAAUUCUGUACAAGCAACUAAAGGUGCAGAUGGACGUAAAGGGAUUCCUGCAGCAUUUAUCUCCACAGUAAAGCAAUGACGACACAUGAUACCGUGGUCACUGGUCAGAAUAAAAAGCCUGACCGUGGCUCCUCUGCAGUUACUUGCUGGUGACCUUCAUUCUACACCAAAGAAAGAGUCAAGAACUGAGAAGCUGCACUCUAGAGUGACCCUCAACAGGCAUAUGUGGCAAAUGGAUGAAAAUUCAUCACUGCAAAAUUCCCAGUCUCAAUGAACGCAAAGCAACUCAUGAUCUCGGCAGCACAAACUGGACUACUGUAACUUAGUCCUCUGGUUGAUCAAUUACCUAGCCCUUACAAUCAUGAAUCACUUUUCACGUAUGCUGAUGAGAGCCAAUUGCCGCUCAAACAUCCUGCAGCAGCACAAACACAGGUGCAUAGUUUACACACCUCCGCGGCUCCCGGACCGGGGUGGUCUCUGCCUGGACUCGGACACAGCCAAGCUAAAACCAAACUGUGGAGGUCAACACUCACUAUGUCUGUGCAGGGGGGAGGGAAAGAGGGGGGGGGAAAAAAAAAAAAAA